AUUUAUUCAGAAGCACCGUUGUAUUUAAACUCGUUGAACUGAAUACUGCUGUGCUGUGUAUUCCGUUGGCUCUGUUUAUGGUACAUUAUCUUAAGCAUGCAGGUAAGGUGUUUUACUUUUAGAGAGGAAUAAAUCAACAGUCUUAAUUUAAACGUGGUAUGUUUAUUACGAUCAUCAGUCUUAGUUUAAACGUGGUAUGUUUAUUACGAUCAUCAGUCUUGGUUUAAACGUGGUGUGUUUAAACGAUCAUCAGUCUCAGUCUUUGUUUGAACGUGUCUGAGACUAGUACGUUCACACGACGCCAGAGUGGCUUGAAAACGACGUAGAAAAGUCUCAAUUAGCGGUUCGCGUUCACGUUACGCCGACGCGAAAUUAUUUGAAAACGUCAUUUUUACCGUAAGAAUUUGAGCACUGUUUUCUAAACGGAGCGAGAUGAAAACUGAGCACUUGGCGGCUUUGUGUGAACACAAACACCAUUACUUUUUUGCACCGCUUGGAAACCAAGCAUCUCAGGUCUCAAAACAGUAAAGUUGAAUGCUUUUAUUGUCAAUUUCUUUGUUCUAUUUGAGAUAAACAAACUGUAAUGGCGUAGUGUGAACACACGUAAAAUCCUUAGUUUGACGUUUACGCCAAACGUCAAACCGCUAACGAAGUGUUUGAUUUUACAACUCUAUUAUAACAGCUUUUACACCAGUUUUGAAAUAUAUUAACAAUUAUUAAACUUGUGGUAUUUAGCAAUGAUUUAAGGAAGCAAAUGAACCACUAGUCAUGUAAUCACAUGCAAAGCAGUAAAUUAAGAUUUAGCGUUUGAAGGUUACGUUUGGCGUAUAAAUUUCAUGCUUUAACGACUACAAGCCCUCGUAGCAGUUCAAGCAUGAAAUUUAUACGCCAAACGUAAACUUCAAACGCUAAAUGUUAACUUACUGCUUUGGUGAAUACGUGGCUAGUGGUUAAUUUGCUUUCUUAAAUCAUUGCUAAAUACCACAAGUUUAAUAAUUGUUUAAUAUAGUUCAAAACUGGUGUAAAAGCUGUUAUAAUAAAGUUGUAAAAUCAAACAAUUCGUUAGCGGUUUGACGUUUGCCGUAAACGUCAAACUAAAGGUCUUCGCUCCAGUGCAGUGUUAACGUAGUCUUAGUGUUUCAAACAGUUUUUCCGAAUUUUUUUCGCCUAGACUGCAACAUUGGUUGAAUCGUCUUCAAAAAACAUCAGUUUUUUCUGGUUUAUCGAUUAACCGCCUCACUAUGCCUGACUAUCGAGUUAGGUUUCAUAAUAAUUCAAAUUACUGCUGAUCAUUGUAUUUUCUUGUAUUAAUUAACCUUAUUUUGUCUGAUGUUAAAGUGUCCUUGAGUAUUAAACGCUUAAUAGGGAAGAUUGUCAGCCACACCAGAAAAUGUGUUAGUUCCGUUCUGAAAAUUAGGUGACUAUGAUUCAUUGAAAGAAUGUCACGUUUGUGACACCCAAAAAAAACGAUGAAGAAGAGAGAAAAUAUCCCUUUUAAGACACUGGUCAUUAUGACUGUUACUUUCGGCCAGUGAAAUUAAAUAUUAUUUCUAUAUUAUAAUUUCAUGUGCUGGUAUUGUCGUAUGUAAAAUAUUGUUGUCAUGUAACUUUUUGGUGCGACUUAAAAUUAAAGUACCAGAGGUGCUUUAACCGGUCCGUUUAAAUCGAUUGCUUUUUAGUGAAAAAUCGUCUAAAAAUUCUCGUACUAGUACUCAUGCAGGGUAGUUUUAGUCCAGUUUGGUGUCUUCUGUGCUUUGAGGGUUUUUCUGCGCAUGCCCCAAGGCUCAAGUUGUCGAGCACUUUUAUCAUUUACUUGGGUGAAUUGCCAGUGUAAUCGACGACAUUGAAUAAAUUACUAUAAUAAAUAAUUUAUACUAUUUUUUAAUAUUUUUUUCUAGAUUACCAAAAAGAUUUUUCGAAUCAGCUUUAUCUUUCCCUGUCUACUAUGUAUGGUUAUUUCAUUCGCCCAAGGUAAGCUAAACACUUAAACCUGUAAUUGUAGGUAAUUGUAAGAGUUUGAUUGGUUCUCUCCUGUGCUUUGAGGGUUUUCCCCGCAGGUUCCUGGGUUUUCUCCCUUAACAAAAACGAACCCGUAGGCCAAAGUUGUCAAACGCGUGUAUCAUGAGCAUCAUGCUGAAAUGAAUUGGGCAACGACAUCCUGUCUCUGUGCAUCAUGACAAUGUCGAUGAUCAUGUCGAUGCACAACUACUAAGAAACGAAAUUCAGAUCAACCACCACAAAUCAGUGCGGGUCCAACGCAAAAUAUUGCAAUGUCAUAUAUAAUAGACAUGCAUGUUUCAAAUGGAUAAACCAAUUUUCACUUCUAGGAAAUUUCCGGCAGCUCCAGCUGCACCGCUGCCAGGAAUUUUUUAACGAACUGUCUUUGCAGGAAAUUAUCUUACACCUUACAAGACGUUUUUGUCAUCUUGUGCUGUAUAUACUGGAAUAGCAUAUAAUUUACUUAUUGCUUAAAACUUCCAAAAGAGUUCUGAAAGUCGAGAUUGUCUUUUGCCGAGAUUUAAGUUGAUCACAAUGUACGUGCGGCACCGUACGUUCUGAGAAAUCUACAUACGGUUGGCUAUUUGAAUCACAAUUAUACUAAACUAAAAUAGCAGAACAGAGUGCAUGCAAUAUAUAUAUAUAUAUAUAUAUAUAUAUAUAUAUAUAUAUAUAUAUAUAUACAAUGAGAUAAGUCAAAUUGUUAGUAAAUCAGGAUUUUCCCAUUCCUUAUUUCGGCAACAAAAAAUGUAAUAUGUAGUUCUAAUAGCAAUAGUCAUCAUUUUCCUAACGCAGUACAUUUGGUGGUUUUUGUCAAGACCAAUACUAUCUAACAUGUCUAAAAAUGUAUAACAUUUUUCUGCAAAAAUACCUAAAGAGCUGAUGGAGAGAUUUAUAAAUUUAACUUGGUUAAAAUUUUUACCUAGCUGUCUCAAUAAUUCUCUAUAUUUAUCCUUAAACCUGUAAUUGUAGGUAAUUGUAACUUAAACCUGUAAUUGUAGGUAAUUGUAAGAGUUUGAUUGGUUCUCUCCUGUGCUUUGAGGGUUUUCCCCGCAGGUUCCUGGGUUUUCUCCCUUAACAAAAACGAACCCGUAGGCCAAAGUUGUCAAACGCGUGUAUCAUGAGCAUCAUGCUGAAAUGAAUUGGGCAACGACAUCCUGUCUCUGUGCAUCAUGACAAUGUCGAUGAUCAUGUCGAUGCACAACUACUAAGAAACGAAAUUCAGAUCAACCACCACAAAUCAGUGCGGGUCCAACGCAAAAUAUUGCAAUGUCAUAUAUAAUAGACAUGCAUGUUUCAAAUGGAUAAACCAAUUUUCACUUCUAGGAAAUUUCCGGCAGCUCCAGCUGCACCGCUGCCAGGAAUUUUUUAACGAACUGUCUUUGCAGGAAAUUAUCUUACACCUUACAAGAAGUUUUUGUCAUCUUGUGCUGUAUAUACUGGAAUAGCAUAUAAUUUACUUAUUGCUUAAAACUUCCAAAAGAGUUCUGAAAGUCGAGAUUGUCUUUUGCCGAGAUUUAAGUUGAUCACAAUGUACGUGCGGCACCGUACGUUCUGAGAAAUCUACAUAUGCAGGAAGUUUUAUAUUUCACUUACACAGGAAAUUUUUAUUUUUGAAUUUUGCUACCAGGAAGAGAAAUAUAUUUUUAGGUCUGGCGAUAUAUAACCAACCGAAAAAAUUAAAUACCUUGUGGUGAAAAUCCCACCCACCUUUAGGCAAGCUAAUAAUUUAUGAAGUAUUUGGUUGAAAAUUAUAUACAUUUUUUAGAUCUGACUGGGAGUAGCUGUGAUAAAUGUAACUACAUGUACUAUAGGCCCUGUGACAGGAAUCGAACUUGCGGCUCCUGUGAUUCUGGUGCGGUGCUCAGACCACUGAAUUACAGAGUCCAGUUGUCAUUUCAUAUGAUAGUAAAUACAAGAUAAGACAGAUUGUAUUUCCAUACAAUCAUUAAAUUGCAAACGUUUGUUCGGCUGUCGUCCUCACAUUGCCGUCGUCCAUAUGUAUAAGUUCUCUAAUUGGAAUACUGUAAAUUGUUGGAGAUAGUGACUAGUAAUGUUGAUGUGAACUGUGCUACAAAAAGUUCAAUCUUGAAAUGUUGAUACUACUCUGAUUUAAGUAAACGAAGCAAUGCUCACAUUUAUUUACCACCCAUUAUUUCGACACUCCGAACUAGUGUCUUCAUCGGGGGUGAUAUAAAAUACAAAAACUAACUGCAUAUCCCUGAUGGUAAUACUUAACUGGUUUAUGAAAACGUUAGGUUGUGAAUGUAUGUUUUGCGAAUUACAAUUAUUUGCUAAUAAUAUACCUAAUGGUUGGUUGAUAUGAGUAUAUCGUUGAUAUACUUUAAAUUCGAAGCCUAUAUACCUGAUAUAUUUUCAGUGGAACAACAAAUGUACUUGUCACCUUGACUUUUAAAUAUUUCUUUGUUUAGAGAAUUACAAAUACUCCUGCGACUUUGAAGAUCGUAACACUUGCCAAUGGACUCAAGAUAAAAGUGAUGAUUUCGAUUGGAUCAUAAAUCAAGCUUUUACACCAUCAGAAGGCACUGGUCCACAUACAGAUCAUACCAAGGGUUUGGGUAAGUGUUAUAUUCUGUUGGUUGACAUACCAUCACCAUCACUUUUAUCACCAUCAUAUUCACCAUAAUUAUCACUACCAUCAGCGCUACCAGUAUCACCUGUUCACCAAUAUCAUCACCACCCAUAAUUAUCAACAACAUCACCACCACAAACAUCAUCAUCGCAUAUAUCACCACCUUCAUUACCAUCAUAAUGUUGUACAUCUGCUGCUGACUUUUUAUUUAAAGAUUCUUGUAUUGAUUAA